CUCUUCCGGCGCCCGGCCACCCUCCUUGGCGGGGAAUGCUGCGGAGUGGCUGCGCGCUGAGGCAGCUCCGGGCUGGACGUGCUGCUCCGGCGGCUGCUCGGCUCCCUUUGGGCGCCGAGAUGCCUAAGAAAGCCGGUGCGACGAACAAGGGUAAAAGCCAGAGCAAGGAACCAGAGAGACCACUUCCUCCCUUAGGUCCUGUGGCAGUUGAUCCUAAAGGUUGUGUCACCAUAGCCGUCCAUGCCAAACCUGGUUCCAAACAAAAUGCUGUGACAGAUGUGACAGCCGAGGCUGUAAGUGUGGCUAUUGCAGCGCCUCCAGCGGAAGGAGAGGCUAACGCUGAGCUCUGCCGGUAUCUUUCCAAGGUCCUAGAACUCAGGAAGAGUGAUGUGGUUUUGGACAAGGGUGGUAAAUCUCGCGAAAAAGUGGUGAAGCUUUUGGCCUCCACAACUCCAGAAGAGAUCUUGGAGAAGUUGAAAAAGCAAGUUGAAAAACAAUAAAAGCAAGAAAUGAAAAAUAUAUCUUUAAGAAACUUUAAUUGCAAAUGAUGAAGAGGCUACUAAAAAGGAAAAUAUAUAUUUCUGUACACCUGGAACUAAUACAACAUUGUAAAUCAA